AUGCCUGAAAGAAUCAAACUUCGAUCUUUGAUCCUCGCUGGCGGCAAAUCGUCUCGGAUGGGCUCACCCAAAUGCCUUAUCCAGUUCCCUCGAACAUCGGGCACCAUUCCUCUUAUCCUACAGACAAUCCUAUUGCAUCACGAGUUCCAUCGGCGUCGUCAAGAGCAGCAGCCAAUCACCAUCUCUGUGAAAGAUGAAGAACAACUGGAAGAGGUUGAAAAUGCACUGCAGAAACAUCCAGAUAGCCAAUUGCUAUGGCUUAACUACGUCUUUGACACAAUACCUCAUCAAGGGCCAACUACCGGUCUUCUUGCUGCACACGCGUCAGAUGCAGGAACGCACUGGAUGGUGACUGGGUGCGACUAUCCGUUGCUCGAGACCGAGGCUCUUCUGCAACUCGCAAGCGAACAUGACAAAACGCAAAACGCAAUCACCUGCUUCCGAAAUUCUGAUGGCUGGACGGAACCGCUUCUCGCGAUUUGGGCUCCUUCUGCUCUUAAGCGGCUCCUCGAAAUGUCUCUAUCAAACAGUCACAUCGGCCCCAAUCGCGUCAUCAAAGCUUUCUCAAUUGACGAAAGGGAUGCUGGAUCAGAGUCCACUUUCUCAUCAGGGGUCUGCACUGUGCAGCCUUUGAAGGAAUUCUGGACCCGGAGCGUGGAUACUAAGGAAGAUUGGGACGAGGUUCGAAAGAUGUUAUAUGCUGCUCAUGAAAAAGAUGGGAAAUAG